CAUGACAUCGUCCCAACAGACACACAUGUCGUGUCGGUGUGAUCUGGUGUGUCCCCGUUGCCAUGGCGACGUGUCGGGACUGUUCUGCGUCUCCAGAUGGAAUUCACGGGAGAUGUUCAAGUGCAAGUCGGCCUCGACAGGCCGCUGGUCCGUGUUUUUCCUCUGCCUCACCCUCAGUGUCCUCGGCCUCCUCUUCAUGUCCUCGAUGUCCCCACUCACCGUCAAAACAGACUUCCGGGACGACUACGAUGACACCCGAUCAUUCUUCGGGCUUUUCCGUAGCACCUCGACCGGAACCCGGUCCCAGGUGGAGCAACUGUUCCGCGAUCCGGAAAUCCUCCGGCACAAUAUCUCCUACGCCUACGAGCACCAGUGGGUCGGGUUCCCGCAGUUGUAUGGCACCAACUGCACCGUGCCCCUCCACUACCCGACCCUCAACCGGCAGUAUCCUGCGACCGUGAGGCCGAUCCUUCCGGCCACUUUGCUCAAGGACGCCCGGGACUGCGUCGCCUUUGUGCUGAAGUACGGCUACAACCGGCACCUACCACCUACUCCAGAAGAAAGGGAAUUCCCGAUCGCGUUUAUUAUUUUGUUUCAUCAAGGGAUAGACCAGUUCCAUUAUCUGCUCCGUGCCAUUUACCGUCCACAUAAUGUCUACUGUCUAACGGUUGAUAUGAAAGCGACGGUGGAGUUUCUGGAAGCGGCCAGGUCUAUGGCCAACUGUUUGCCCAACGUGUUCGUGGCCUCCCGUCUGGAGAAGGUCGUGUACGCGGGGAUCUCCAGGCUCAUGGCCGACCUGCACUGUUUCAGGGACCUGAUGCAGCACAAGGUCCAGUGGCGUUACGUCAUCAACAGUCCCGGACAGCAGUUCCCUCUCAGAACCAAUCUAGAGAUGGUGAAGAUACUCAAGAUGUACAACGGCACCAACGAUAUCCUGGGGGUUGUAGGGGGCAAGAGAAACCUGGAGAGGUUUGUUUACAAGUGGGAGUAUGUCACCAAUCAGACCACAGGUGAUGUGAGCAUCGUUCAAACAAACAAGAAACACGAGCCUCCCCCGCACGACCUUGACAUUGUCAAGUGCAGCGCCUACGGGUCGUUCAGCCGGGCGUUUGUCAAGUUCGUGCUGACCAGUCCGAUCGCCGCGGACCUGCUGACGUGGGCCCAGGAGGUGUACAGUCCAGACGAGAUGUACUGGGCCACGCUCAAUUUUAAUCGGGUGUCGCCGGCACCCGGGGGAUUCAGGGGAGUUCCAGAAAAUUUACCGUGGCUGACUGCCUAUUCCUUAUGGCCUUGGGAUUCAACACCUUGCUUGACUAUCUUUGUUAGACAGAUCUGCAUCUUCAGCACCGCCGACCUGCCAAUGCUGCUGGGGCGCCACGAGCUGUUUGCCAACAAGUUCUACAUCAGCCACCACCCUGUGGCCCUCCACUGUCUCGACCAGUUCAUCUACAACCUCUCCUACACGGGCCAGACACGUGACCUGACGUUCUAUCACAACCUGCUGGCCCAGCACAGAGGGAGCAUUCUGCACUGCACGGGGGAGCAGAGGCUUUUGGUGACGUCACACUUGCAGGUGUCACAUCCGUUCUCGUCUUUGGCAAAACCAUCGGGACAAAGCAUUUUACAUGUAAUCGGGGGACAGACUUUAUUUUCCUUGCAUUGACAAAUGUCGCAUCCGUUUUCGUUUUGGAUGUCGCAUCCAUUUUCAUCCUUAGCCCAUCCUUUGAUACAUAACAUUUUGCAUAGUACCGGCUGGCACUUGCUAGAGCCGUUCACAGCUUCAGCUGCAACAGGCGGCCGCACCAAAAGCUGGCCAGUGGCUGUUUUAUAA